GUGAUAGCGUUAAUUUUGAAAGCUUUAUUAUUGAAAUUGCUGAGACCUAAUUUUCUGAUCCUGUCACCGUUGACGACCGCCGUAAUCGGCUAAUUCAAGUUAUUCCAGGCCAUUAAGUCACAUGCAGGAACUGAUUGUGGUCACUGAGUCAGAAGGGAAGGAGAGAAGACAUUUGUGUGAAGGAACCCUUAUUGGUCUGCUGGAAAAAUUAGCUUUUUCUUUUUAACAAAUCCCCCCCAAAUUUACUUUUUCCUGCAGUAAACCUCUCAAAAGGCAAUUGAACAGCAUCAAUAAAGCUUGUAGUUUGUGUGCCACUGUCAGCCUGGGUCUUGCAUCAGUUCUAAAAUAUUGGGUAUACGUUAUUUGUCGUGUGUUGUAACUACAGUGUGUGUUGCCAUGUUGCUGUUGCACUGAUCAUUCUCUAGUGCAUAUUCUGUGAAUGUCAACACAUUGUCUUGAAACAAGGCUAAGGACUAACAAAUGCAAUUCUUUUUGACUACUUGGUUGCCAGGAAACUUGCACUGUUCUUUGGCAAGUAGGCCUCAUAAAAGAACCGAAUUGUGUGUGUGUGUGUUGGUGGGGAGGUCCACACGGCUAUGCUGUGUUUGUGCCACAUUCUGCGUUGUUGGUGUUCAUUGUUGCUUGGUUCAAAGCUUGUUCUCCUGGAAUCAAGUAAAUCUGCACUUGAUCAGUGUCUCUUCCUAGAGAUCCUGAAAGAAGACUGACCAUAGGAACUCAAUUGUCGGAUGGUUGAUGUCUUGGUCUGUGGUGUAACCAUGGCAACCAGGACGGAGGUGACACUGCUCGGAAGCAGAAUGAGCAUGGAAGACUUAAAGAAGCUACAAAACCUAUUCUUUGUCUAUCCGAGUGUGUCUCGUUCCUUGUCCAAAAGUGAAUUCAUCCAUCUGGCUUGCUCAUCGGUUGGUCGCGGGUCCAAAGAGGAGUACGGCCUGAUGUUUGACAGCGCGGUUGCCAGUGAGGGGCAUCUCGGUCUCUUCCCUCACAGCAAUGCUGUGAAGGAAGAGGCUCAAGUGGACUGGGGAGCGCUGUGCUCUUUUCUCCUGGAAGAGCUGUCUGAAAGGCUGAAGCACAACAGAGUGAAAUGCGUGCAUUGCUGGAAGCCUCCACGCUGUCUGACCUGUCCGCAUCGAGACCCAAUCCAAAAGGUGUUAUACCUGCCGAGUUGGGGUCAGUACAUGACCGUGAGUAAAGGAGGAUCUGUUGGGAUGCGAGACUGCAGUGACUUGUCGCUUGUGAGCACCUUAAGACUGCAAAACAGCACAGUCCGACCCAGAGACAUGUGGGUGACAGAUGUGGCGCUGCUGCAAAAUUUACACAAGAUAGCUGUGUCAUUUACAAGUAACGAAGUGGGUUUUUAUGACAUAGCUUUUAAAAAGGACAUCAGUUGCAAAUAUAAAGUCCAGGGUUUAACAUUCACUCCAUGGUGCCUGGACUACUGGGCUGAUCCCUCCAAACCAGAUGAUGCUAUUCUGGCUAUAGGCGAUAUCGGAGGACAGGUCAGUGCUUUAUGUUUCACAUCAGCCCAGCUCUUUUUGUUUGAGCGACGUAGCCAGUGGACAGAUUCUGAUUCCGCCAUCAUCAUCCAAUGGGAUGAUGUUAUUAAAGGAAAACAUCACUGCUGUUACAUUCUUCAACACCAUGCGCACAAACCAGCUUGGGUGAGGAAAGUACUUUACCUGGAUUCGCUGGAUGCCUUUGUGUCAUGCAGCACUAAACCAAAAAGCAGCAUGGUGAUUGGCUGGAGGCAGAAGAACAACAAAAGCCUACGGGUGACCUCUUUCCUUACAAGGAGCGGGGUGUGGGACAUCGACCAUCACCACGAACUUAAGAUAAUUGCCACUGCAGGUGCAGAUCAUCAGAUUUUGUUGUGGAACUCUUUCGUGACCUCCCAGCCAGUGUAUGCACUCAAUGGCCACAUUGCCCCAGUUACCGCUGUUCGCUUUCUGCAGAAGAAAAACCAGCUGCUUAGCUACUCCAAAGAUAAGGCUCUGUAUUUAUGGGAUGUUUCAAGUCAGCUCUGUAUUCACCGUCUGGGUGGCGUUUUCCCAGCGACCCAGGGUGACACGCACACACACCUGCUCCUGAUCGAAGAGCGCCAACUCCUGCUGCUUACCUUCAAUAGCCUGCUUGUCUUGUUGGAGAACACCAAGGAGGAGGCGAGGACCAGCAGUCACGAGCACCCUGUCACCUGUGUGCUUUACAACAGUCUUUUCAGACAUGUAAUAAGCAGCGACACAGGCUCCUCUGUGAUCUGCUGGAUGGCUGACACGGGCCAAAAGGUUAAGCAAAUCCAUCGUUGCCAUGGCAAUGCUGAGAUUUCCACUAUGGCUCUGAAUGAAACGCAAAACCGGCUGUUCACUGCGGGCACUGAUGGAGAGGUUAAAGUGUGGGACUUCAAUGGCCGCUGCCUCCAUCGAAUGAGUGUUGCCCUGGGCAAGGCUGUGGCCAUCACACACAUUCUGCUAUUGAGAACAGGCCUACUGGUGAUGGGUUGGGAGAGGAUGUUGACAGUAUUUCGCCGAAAUUCCUUCACCAAGUCUGAUGUUGAGCCAUCAGAGUGGAAGGGUGCUGUUCAUCAUCGCACUGAUGUGCUCUGUGCUGCCUUCCAACCUCCACAGACUCUAGUCACAGGAAGCCGCGAUGGAGAGAUUAUAGUGUGGAACAACAACACGGAAAAAGCUCUGAGGAAAUUGCAGCUGCCGGCUAAACAUGAAGAAUUCAAGCGAACGGAGCAUUCCCUUGAUGCAAUCACCAAAUUGUUGUUUUUACAAGGUCGUACUUCUGCGCAAAUAGCAACAGGUGGCACUGACUUGUUGUCGUGUGGCAAUUCCGGGAUGGUCAGGCUCUGGAACGCAGUCUACGGCCGUCUCCUGGGACAGUUCAUGGCUCACGAUCCACAACUGGGUUCUAUUGUCAUGACUGUUUGCCCCUAUGGAAAACUUUUAGUCACAGCAGAUAGGCGAGGCACAGUCAAGACGUGGGACAUAGAGCAUUACUGCCUGGAGUCAAAUGAGAAAGUGGUGACUGAACCUCCAGAAUUGGUGCACAGUUUCCACCCACACAUGAAUGGAGUCACUCACCUGGAUACGAUCAUCCUUGGCGAUCAGCAGCUUCUUCUGUCGGCAUCUUUAGACUGUAGUGUGGCUCUGAGCUAUCUACCAGGAGAAACAAUAGGCUUGUUUGGACAGGGGGAGCAGUGGAGCAUCGUGAGGCCUGGAUGUGUUCACUCACAGCGGGACAUCUAUGAUGAUAGACACCCUGACAACACAAUUAUUAAUCACAUCAUCAGACGGAGACUACGAAGCUCGCCAAGAGGAGUUAUGAAUUUAAAUGAUUUUGUAAUGCUUCCCAAAACAAAAUCUUCACUUUUUAGUUCCAGGAACACCCAAAGCUUACAUUUGGAGACAGCAUCUCUGACACAGCAGAGCAACGAGCUGGAAGAGAAACUACGAAAGCUGAAAGAGAGUAUGAGGAAAGAGAAAGGCGAGAGGGGGCAUUCAGGAUUUUUUCAUCAGAAGCCAGAACAAUGUGGGUCCAUAAACAGGAGUUCUCUAACACAAAGCGCCUUGAAAACCCAAAAGCAACUAUCAGCAGGCAAGAUGAAGAUCCGAUUUCUAAAGGAUGAACCUUUAACAGCACCACCUCAUCUCCCGCUGUGUGAAACCUGCUGUUGUCCUCAGUCACCAAAGCAAAGUAGGAUGAAGGCAACAAACUGCGGACAAGGCGACAACAGGAAUGAUCAAAAGAUGUUUAUUGGGAAUUAUGGAGAAAAGACAAGAGUGGAAAUGACUGGAAAGGAACACAAUGAGAAUGGUAGAAAGGCUUUCAAGAAUUCUCUUCUCAGUGGAGGGUAUGAUGAGGAAAAGUCUGCAAGAUCUUUCCAGCAGGCUCUCAAGGAUUGGAGAAACCGCAAGUGUGAUAUUGCCACAGAGCCUGUAACAAUUUCGACUCAAACAGUGUCAGGUAUAGCAGCUCAAGCUGACUUUCCUCGAGGGAGAUGCCAUGAAGCAAACCCAGAAAGAUGGGAAGACAGCAAGGUACCCGUCAAGGUGGAGUUCCCUGAAAGCAGACUUACCUAUAUGGACAGGUUGCUUCUCAAGAAGCACCGCAGAUUCACAGGGUUCCAGAGCCUAUCCAAGCUACCUUCAGGCAUCAGGCGAACUACACCCUGAACUGGUUUCCGUUGAAGUCAAUCCAAUGUACCACUACACUAUCAGUGACAGUUUUUUUUUUUUUUUUUUAAUAAACUGUAAAUAUGUAUUAUUCAAUGUCUUGCUUACCAGUCACUAAUGUAAAAAUAUAGGUCAUCUGCAUAGUGAUGUCAAUUCAAAGACCAUAAGGAAUUUCAGGAUUCAGACAAUAAAGCGGACAAACAUGAAUCAUUGUGUAAGAAUGUACUGGUAAUGGAAGCUCAAAUGGUUUUUAAAUCCAAGCUGAAUGCUUUUUAUAAGUCCCGACAUUUAUUAAUGAAAAAAAGACUGCUGCU